CAAGUAAACAUCAUAGAAUUGAAGAAUGAAGAGGUGACUAGGGGCUAUCCCACCAAGAGGAUGCUACUGGAAUGAAGUAACUCUGACUUUGGGGACCACCAUACAAGUUCUGUAGAUCACAUGACAUGUCGUUACAGUAAUGGAAUGCAUGGAUGCAGCUGUUCUAGAAUGAAACAGAUUGCAUUGUUGGACUAGUGAUGAUGAUCUUCGUGCUAAUGAAGUGACUCCGGGAAUCUCCUCUCCAGCUGCUGGUCCUAGAGCUGAAGUCGGAAGUGUGAAAAAUACAAACUGACUCCCAGCUUCCUCCUGCUGCUCAGACAUAGACAAAAACAGAAGUGGUAGCACAAAAAGCUGCAUUUCCGUGAAGAAAUAUAAGAGAAACCUACACAUCAUCAUGUCGACGGGUCAUGGGAAAUCUCAUUAAGGUUCUGGGCAAAGACUUAGAAAAUUGUCCACAUUUUUUCUUGGAUUUUGAAAGUGUCAGAUGGGGAACCUUCUUAAAGUCUUGUCUUAUAGCGACCUAGAACAGUGUCCCACUUUUUUCCUUGACCUUGAACAUGCUCAGCCUACGGAGGCAGAGACUGUAGUGUGGAAUCAAGUUAACUCUGUCCUGGAAGAGGCCCAGGGUAUCUUGGCUGAGCUUCAGUCAUACCGGGGAGCCGGGCAGGAAAUACGCCAGGCCAUCCAGAACCCAUCAGAUGUGCACCUACAGGAAGAGGCAUGGAGAGCUGUCUGUCCUCUUGUAGCUAAACUAAAGCGCUUCUAUGAAUUUUCUCUACGACUUGAAAAUGCCCUGCACAGCCUCCUGGAAGCUCUUACAUCACCCCCAUAUGCCCCAACACAGCACCUGGAGAGAGAGCAGGCCCUGGCCAAACAGUUUGCUGAAAUCCUGCACUUCACCCUCAGCUUUGAUGAGCUCAAGAUGACAAAUCCUGCAAUACAAAAUGACUUUAGUUACUAUAGAAGGACUGUCAGUCGCAACCGGUUGAACAAUUUCCAGGUGGACUCUGACUGUGAUGUUAACAAUGAAAUGGCCAAUCGCAUGUCCCUGUUCUACGCGGAUGCCACUCCUAUGCUGAAAACUCUGAGCAAUGCAACCACUAAGUUUGUCUCGGAGAACAAGUCUUUGCCAAUUGAGGACACAACAGACUGCCUGAGCACAAUGGCAUGUGUGUGCAGAGUCAUGCUGGAAACACCAGGGUACCGCAGCCGUUUUACCAGUACUGAAACACUGCUAUUCUGUAUGCGAGUGAUGGUGGGUGUUAUCAUUCUGUAUGAUCAUGUGCAUCCUGUUGGAGCAUUUGCAAAAACCUCCAAAAUUGAUAUGAAAGGCUGUAUCAAGGUGCUAAAAGAUCAGCCAUCAACAAGCACAGAAGGUCUACUGAAUGCUCUCAGAUAUACAACCCGCCACCUCCAUGAUGAGACCACAUCUAAACAGAUCAGAGCUCUUCUCCAAUGAUCCAUUGCAUGUGUACUCCAUGCACCAACACUGUGUAAUAGAGAAGAUGCGGCUGCUUCUAAUCAAAUGGAUGCCUCAACUCUGCAUCUAAUCCUAAUUGUGGAAUAGGAUGAAAUAACAUAUACUAAGGCUGUGAACAUCAAUAAUCCUUGGACCGCAGCUCCACUGUGGUCUGUGUUUAUGACUUUACUGCAGCGUACUAGAGUCAUCCAUGUCCCUACUGUUCUAGUUGUCUAUUACUGUUCUGUAAAGACAUCUGCAAAUAUUUCUGUACAAUAGCUUUACACUGUAUACAAUCUUCAUGCAUCGCCCCUUGCUGUGUUUGCGAAAGGGCUAGAUAUUUAAAUGUAUUAUAUUGGUCAGUAACUGUCACUGUCCUAUAAGAAGGAUCCCAGGAUUAUUAUUGGUGUCCACAGCCUUGUAUCUACUCUGCAGAUACUGUUCUUUUUUAGUCCUCCAUACAGCACAGAGUUCUGUGGUCAUUCUUUGUUGCCCUUAAGGCUGGUCAUGCACAUGGGACUAUGCUGGGCCCCAAUGUGGCAAUCUGCCAAUCCCAGCAAUAAAAUGGCAGGCUAAACUGGCAGUGAACUUGCGCAGAGACAAGUUAGACAAUUUUGACCGGUCAUGCCAUAUAUUUAUUUUUUCAACUAGGGCCGGGCGGUAUACCGGUUCAUACCGAAUACCGAAAUUUUUGUGCUGCACAAUAUGAAUUUUAGCCCAUACCGCAAUACCGGUUUGACCCCUCCCCCUCUGGAAUGAAUGAAUCAGCCCAGCGUCGCACUGUCCCCACAUCAGGGAACUAAUCCUAUGUGACCUGUGAGCGCUGUUCUGCCCCCCCCCCCCCC